AUGUCAAAUAGAGACUUCGGAAGACGUUCCCCCCGAGCUCGUGGCGGUGGUCGCAGGGGCCGCGGCGGUCGCGGUGGUGGGCAUGGGGGCUUGAGCAACCCCCAUGCCCCAGCCGCCGCGGCUCCGGCUGCGGCCGAUCCUGUUCCUGACCCUGUCCCUGAGGCAGAUGCUGGUCCUGUUGCUGGUCCUGUUGCUACAAGCCCUCCUGUGAAUACUGCUGCUGCUGAUUUCCGCUUCGCUCGGCAAAAUCCGGGACAUUACCCUGACGAUCUUCUGGGCUAUACUUGCGGACAAAUUGUAGUUCUGGGGACUGACCCUUACCAUGGUGACGCCCCCUGA